UCCGGGUGGGGGACGGAGAGGGGCGGUGCUCGGCCUCCCGGGGACCCUCUCGCGCCCCUGAAGGGUGGCUCGGUUCGGCGGAGGGGCCGCAGGCCCGACCCCCUCUUCCCUUCACCGUCGCAUGGCGGGGUGACAGCCCUCUGCCCCGGGGCUGCCGCCGCCUGCCCCCCGCCCCGCUGCCGGGUGCGCCUCCUGAGGAGCCGUGUCCGCUCACCCCUCUCCCCGGAGGGCCCGCGGGGCGGUGCACGCCGCCUUCCGGGGUUUGCCUGCUUGCCCGCCCGCGGAUCGCUUUUAAAGGGGGGAGUGGGGAAUCAUAAAUAACUAGAGGAGCCGGCGUGGUGCAGAGCCGCACAGCAGAGCAUGGUCAGAAGAGGGAUGGAUGUAACAUGAUAUCCUUGGAGGGCUCAAAACACACACAUUCGGUGAAGAUUUGUUUUUUUGGUUAAGUAAUACAAAGAAAAUGGAUGAAUCAGCUUUGCUGGAUCUGUUGGAGUGUCCUGUUUGCUUAGAACGCCUUGAUGCUUCUGCAAAAGUCUUGCCUUGCCAGCACACGUUCUGUAAGCGCUGUCUGCUGGGCAUUGUGAGCUCCCGAAAUGAGCUGCGAUGCCCAGAGUGUAGGACUUUAGUGGACUGCAGCGUUGAUGAACUGCCCAGUAACAUUUUGCUUGUUAGACUACUGGAUGGCAUCAAACAGAGGCCUCGAAAACCCAGCACUGGUGGUGGGACUAGUAGCACAAAUGCUUUAAGGGUACCCAUCAACACUGUAGCUAACUGCGGAUCAAAGGACCUGCAGAGCUCUCAAGCUGGACAGCAGCAAAGGGUGCAAGCACGGAGCCCUCCUGUUAGGGGUGUACCUCAGUUACCAUGUGCCAAAGCAUUGUAUAACUACGAGGGAAAAGAACCUGGAGAUCUUAAAUUCAGUAAAGGAGACAUCAUCAUUUUGCGUCGACAGGUGGAUGAAAAUUGGUAUCAUGGAGAAGUCAAUGGUAUCCAUGGCUUUUUUCCUACCAAUUUUGUUCAGAUUAUUAAACCUUUACCUCAGCCUCCGCCUCAGUGCAAAGCACUUUAUGACUUCGAAGUAAAAGACAAGGAAGCAGAUAAAGACUGUUUACCAUUUGCAAAGGAUGAUGUUCUGACUGUAAUUCGCCGUGUGGAUGAAAACUGGGCAGAAGGAAUGCUGGCUGACAAGAUAGGAAUAUUUCCAAUUUCAUAUGUUGAGUUUAACACAGCAGCCAAACAGCUCAUAGAAUUGGAUAAGCCCUCAGGUUCUGCUGUUGACUUUGGGGAAGGUACCUCUGGGGCAGCCCACAAUUCAACCCAAAAGCACACUGAUACCAAGAAAAACACCAAAAAACGUCACUCUUUUACCUCCCUCACUAUGUCCAACAAGUCUUCACAGUCUUCUCAGAAUCGCCACUCAAUGGAAAUUAGUCCUCCUGUCCUCAUCAGCUCCAGCAACCCAACUGCUGCAGCCCGCAUAAGUGAGCUGACAGGACUUUCCUGUAGUGCCCCUUCUCAGGUUCAUAUUGGUACUACGGGGCUAAUUGUGACUCCUCCUCCUAGCAGCCCAGUCACAACAGGGCCUUCAUUUACCUUCCCUUCAGAAGUUACCUACCAAGCUGCUCUUGGUAGUAUGAAUCCCCCACUUCCGCCACCACCUCUCUUGUCUGCUGCAAUCAUUGCAUCGGCUUCUUCUGGACCUCAGUCUGCAGGUGUAAUACAAAGGCCUACAUCAGCAUCAACUGACCAAAUGGCACAUUUACGACCACAAACUCGUCCAAGUGUGUAUAUUGCUAUAUACCCUUACACUCCUCGAAAAGAUGAUGAACUGGAACUGCGGAAGGGAGAAAUGUUCUUAGUGUUUGAACGCUGUCAAGAUGGCUGGUUCAAGGGAACUUCCAUGCAUACAAGCAAGAUUGGUGUUUUUCCUGGGAAUUAUGUGGCUCCAGUUACAAGGACAGUGACAAGUACAUCACAAACAAAAGUUCCCAUGUCUACUGCUGGCCAGACGGGACGAGUGGUCACUAUGGUCAGCCCUUCCACUGCUGGUGGAACAUCACAGAAGCUCCAGGCGAAUGGUGUGGCAGUGAACUCCAGCACAGUACCCACAGCUGUGGUUUCUGCAGCGCAUAUCCAAACUAGUCCGCAAGCCAAGGUCCUUAUGCACGUGACGGGACAAAUGACUGUCAACCAGGCUCGCAAUGCAGUUAGAACAGUUGCUGCACACAAUCAAGAAAGACCUACGGCAGCAGUCACACCCAUACAAGCACAGAGUUCAACAUGCCUUAUUCCUGCAGCUGUGAUCAUUCCCCACCACUCUGUUGCCUCCCAGCAGCUCCAGCCUCCAGCAAAUAGUGCUGCUUAUGUCACAGCUGUGAAUGUGAACCGCUCAACCAUCCCACUGGCAUGUGCUGCAGGUUCUUUGAAUUCUCCCAACAUUGCUGCUUCAUCUUUGGAGGGAGAUGUUAGUGGAAGAACUGUGAACACUCACACUGGAGCUCCUGCAUCUCCAGAGAGUGCUCUAGCAGCUGGUGGAAAUGCUGCUGUCAGUAAAGCAGACAAGGAUGGCAAGAAAGAAAAAAAAGGUUUGCUGAAACUACUUUCUGGAGCAUCCACCAAACGGAAGCCCCGAUUGUCACCUCCAGCAUCACCAACCCUGGACGCUGAGCAAGCAGCUGCAGAGCUAGCCCUGCAAGGUGCAGUUGGGCCAGAGCUUCCGUCAUCCAGCGGUCACAGCAAAGCUGGAUCCUGUCCCACCGACAGUGAGGUCUCUGGGCUGGCACAGGAGACACUGCAUCGGAAAACAAGUUCCCUGGAUUCCUCUAUUCCUGUAGCACCGCCGCCUAGGCAGCCUUGCUCAUCCCUGGGUCCAGUCCUGAGUGAAUCCAGGCCUCUUGUCUGUGAAAGGUACAGGGUUGUGGUAUCCUAUCCUCCUCAAAGCGAAGCCGAACUUGAACUUAAGGAAGGUGACAUUGUUUUUGUACACAAAAAACGUGAGGAUGGCUGGUUCAAAGGCACUCUGCAACGAAAUGGAAAAACUGGCCUUUUCCCUGGAAGCUUUGUGGAGAACAUUUGAGAAGAUCAUUGCAAGAGCUUCAAAUCAUACUGUACUGCAAAGUAGCACAAAUAUUUUACCAGAAAAAGCACAGUCAUGAAAUAUUUUCAAAUGACUGUAAUGUAAACAAAAACCUACAUAUUUUUACAGUGUCUAUAGCACAAUUACACCAGCGAACAAAGAAGAUGAAGGCAUCUGCUGGUUUUAUCACUUUGGAUUCUUAAGUGUGAUGUGUGCCUUGUACUGUCUGAUUUAUUAUAUAGAGGAACUUCCCCCCCCCCCAAGUAUGUUACAUAAAUGAACAAUUGUUUACAAGGCUGUAACUAAUUUAUUCUUGUUUUUUUAAACUUGAAUUUUGUGUAAUAGCUCAAAUUCUUGUGACUAUGAUUUUAACAAAUUAUUAAUUUAUGAAAGAAUAACUAAGGGGAAGCUGGAUUCUCUCCUUAUGAGCAAGCAAUUAUAUCUGAUAAAGAGCCUCCCGUCUAUCCUCUGGACAUUUUUCCCCUGCUGUGUCUAACAGUGGAGUAAGUCUCUGUUUUAUGAGUUAAUGUUGAGUGGUGGUGAUGUGGCGUCAAAUAGAAUUUGCCAAGUGGGGAAAAAAAUGUGUAUGUUGUUGUUUGGACAGAUCAAAACAAAAGUCAGUGGUGUUCUUGAGUCUAGUUCUACUUCCUCAUAAAUCACCCAAGUGGAGUAAUGUUUCCAGGAGGCAAAGAUGUAUAUGAACAACUGAAUAAAAUUCAACCAUCUCAAGGUUAGGAUCAUCUCAAGGUUAGGAAGGAAGAAAUUUGGGAGUGCCAGUAAGAAAUUCCCUAUACCUUCUGUUUAUAGCAACUUGGCUAUUUGAACAAAGCCUAGCUUUGGAUAUUUGGCCAGUUAUUUGGGCAUUUAGCGCUCAGGAUCCAAGAAAAUUGGAAAGAAUGUUAAAGCCCAACAUUUAGAAUGAUCAUAUCUUGCAAGCAUCGUUUUGAUAACUGAAAAUAAAAAUAAAAUUAUAAGUUGUACUUAAUGUCUAAAAUUGCCUAAGAAGUGUAAUUUGCUAUUUUCUUCUCAAACUGACAUGCAUGGCCAAGAGAUGUUUUAAAAUGUCUGAGCAAUAGUGGUGGUAAGUGAUGCACUUGUGUUAAAGUAAAAGGCUGUAUGAAACACUGUGAAAACUUUACUAACUUCUUAACCAUUGCUACUUUGGUAUGUUCUGACCUUUUCUUUGUCUUGCAUGUGUUACUCAGUUCCUGCAGUACUUAUAACUGUGCAUGGUUGGCGUUUUUCACUCCAGUUCCCUGUUGGUGGGUUAUUUUGCUCUGAAAGUUUCCCAAAAGCCACUUGACCAAAACUAGUGAGCAACUUGUCUUCAGCCAGAGAAGAUGUCCAGAGUUUGAAUCAUUAAUAAAAUAUUUUAAUGUCCUUGCAGCUGAUGGAUAUAAAGAAUGCAGCCAGCAAGAAAAGCAUUGUUAGUAUUUCAGGGUUUUGUUAGAGAUUUGACACUGGUGAACACACACGCUACUGAGCUGAACUUGUUGUUUUUUAAUUUGACUGUUUAAUUAUAACAGUUUAAUAGAGAUUUUUUUGUAAGACACUGAGCACUGUCAUCUCCAGUUAAAUCUGAUGUAAUUUGGCUGUUACUCAGCACUUUACAAAGCAAAGCCAGUAGUGUGAUUCAGUGUCGCACAGCACACAGAAACAGUGAUAAAAAAGUACACAGUGAUAUGUUAAAUCCUUCUAGUGUUUGUUUUUUGAAGUUAUACAUUGAAAAAUAUCAAAUGUUAGUGACGAGGAGUUCUUGCAAUAUCAGGUAAUAUCAUGAUGGUCUUAAAGAUAAGAAAAAAUAUAUCUAUAAAUAUAUAUAGUUGGACAUGACAGCAUUCCCAAAUUAAACAUCUCUCUGAAACACUGUAUAAUUCAGUUUUUGCAUUUUUAAAUAUUUUUAAAUAGUUUACUUGAAUAUUCAUGUAAUAUAUAAAAUUUUUGUGAAAUAAAUUUUAGUUAGAAGCUGAUCUCAGCUUUUGUCAGCAUAAAUUGGCACUAGUGUGUCAUAAUCUUAUUUUGGAAAAUUUAGUGCAUUUUAUAUUAAAGACUACUAAAGGUUAAUUUUUUUCUAUCUCUACUAUCCAUAUUUUAAGCUAAGUGAUUAAGGUACCUCUAUUAAUAGAAUUUCAUGGUGUAAAGUCAAAAAUCAGCUGUUAAUCCAAUAGUUCUGUUAGAUGGAAUACAUUUUCAAUUAGUUUUUUUAAACUUUAAGUAAAUGUGUGUAAAAAGGGCUUAUUACAUAGCAGUGCAACAAUGACAAAAAUGCAGUUUAUCAUGCCUUUUUUGUGAUGUUUUAGGGAUUUUUUUUUUUGUUUUGGCUUGGGAUUAAUUCAGUGUAGAAACAGACAAACCCUGUGCAUUUGCUUUGUGUAAUUUCAUAAAAAAUUUUGUAAGGUAUUUUAUAUCUAUGUUUGAAGUCAAGUGAAUGUUAAGUGUUUGAUUUACUAUGUUAAACUUCCAAUCCUAAUAAAUAUUUUCUUAGCAAACAGCUAAAUCAAAAUGUGUAUGCAAAUAUUAAACAUAAAUUACUUGUAAAGAAUUUGACAAUAAAAUUACCAGAACUUAA